UAAUCUAUAAUUCACAAAUUCAUAGCUUACAAAACCGAACAAGAUUUACAGCAACAAUGAAGCCAAUCGACGAGAAACAAGAGAAAGUAACAAUAAGAGCCGUAAGCCACGACGAAGAAGGAAAAAAGAGAGUAGAAAAAACAGAACUCAAUACACACAACCUUGACACAAUCAAAUACGUCGAGAAGAAACUCAUAAACAACGGUGUUCAGCGUCUCGACCGCCACCCCGUCGAUGGCAUCGGAAUCGGUCGUCCGCCACCAAAGUCCGGUCACGGUGGUAAGUACACCUGGGAAGGCCCCGCUGAUAUCAUCGAUAAUGAACUUGAUGCAGCACCAGCUGCUAUAGAUAAUAAGGAUCCUAAUUAUGUAGACGACGAAGACAUUGAUGUUGAUCCUCGUUUGGUAGUUAAUUAACUGAGUCUGAAAUGUCAUUGUAACUUUAGUUUGUUUAUUCUGUUUCGUGUUUCGUGUGUCCACGCGUGCGUGUGUUCAGUAAUAAUUGUAAUCAUAAUCAAACAAAUGCUAAAUUUCCUAUAGCAUGAAACUUUAUGCAUUCAAAGAAA